UGAACUUCUCCAAAGUCCCAAAUGAAAAAUAUGUUUCCCGAAACGAAAAAUACAAAAAACAAACAAAGCCAACAUUAAAAAGUAAAACCCAAGUGUUUUUCACAAGCACAAUUUCUAAAAAACGUGUGGACGGUGAGAUCAACAGGACCCCAACUUUUCCUCUGCCAUGCUCAUUUUCUCUUUUGUAUAUAUAUACACUACAAAGCACAGACACCAACUCAUCAUAUUCUGCAUAUUCUGCACUCACUUCUUUUACAACAACCAUUCUUUCUUUCUUUUUUUCUUUCUCUGCACAAACCACAAAGCAAAAAGACUCAAACUUUCUGAACAAAUUGAGUUUCAGAGUGACUCUGUUUGUGCAGAGAAUUAAGGCAGAAAAGAUGGCACUGACUAAACAAAUCAUGGGUACUUCUUUGAUGGACAAGUCUAAAUUUGUUUCAUCAUCAUCUAAAUUGUUUUUAAAUCAGAACCAGUUUUUGGUCAGACCAAGUUUGGUUCCUUCACAGAGGAGGAGGGAGCAUUUGAGGAAGGCUAACAGGGGUACUGUGGCUGCCAUCAGUGAAGAUUUGGUGAAGAUUGUGCCUGUUUUUUCUGCAGAGAAGCCUGUCAAGUUCAAGGUGAGAGCUGUUGUGACUGUGAGGAACAAGAUCAAGGAGGACUUGAAAGAGACCAUCUCCAAACACUUAGAUGCUCUCACAGACAAAAUUGGUAGAAAUAUUGCUUUGGAGCUCAUCAGCACUGAAAUAGACCCAAGAACCAAGGCACCCAAGAAAAGCAGUGAAGGUGUGCUCAAGGACUGGUCAAAGAAAUCUAAUCUCAAAGCAGAGAGGGUUAAUUACACAGCUGAGUUUAUGGUGGACUCAAAUUUUGGUAUCCCAGGAGCAAUCACGGUUACAAACAAGCAUCAAAAAGAGUUCUUUUUGGAAACUAUAACCCUUGAAGGUUUCGCCUGCGGUCCAUUACAUUUCCCAGUUAAUUCCUGGAUGCAAUCUAAGAAAGAUCACCCUGGGAAAAGAAUAGUCUUCUUCAACAAGCCAUAUUUGCCAAACCAGACUCCUGAGGGGCUCAAAGAACUGAGACAGAAAGAGCUGAAGAAUUUGAGGGGUGAUGGAAGUGGAGUCAGAAAAUUAUCUGAUAGGAUCUAUGACUAUGCUUUGUAUAAUGAUUUGGGAAACCCUGAUAAGGGAACUGACUUAGCUAGGCCUACAGUUGGUGGUCAAAAAUUUCCCUAUCCAAGAAGAUGUCGCACUGGUCGCCUCCCAACUGAUACUGAUAUGUCAGCAGAGAGCAGGGUUGAGAAGCCACUACCAAUGUAUGUUCCUAGAGAUGAACAGUUUGAGGAGUCAAAAAUGGACACAUUUUCUUUUGGGAGGCUCAAGGGUGUUCUUCAUAACUUGAUCCCUUCCUUGAUGUCUAGUUUCAAGGGUGACAAAGAUUUCCGGGUAUUCGGCGACAUCGACAGCCUCUACAGUGAAGGAAUCCUCCUUAAAUUGGGGCUGCAAGAUGAGCUCCUAAAGAAACUUCCAUUGCCAAAUAUGGUCAGCAAGUUCCAAGACUAUAACCAGGGCAUUCUCAAAUAUGACACGCCCAAGAUUCUAAGCAAGGACAAGCUAGCUUGGUUGAGAGAUGACGAAUUUGCCCGUCAAGCAGUGGCAGGGGUUAAUCCAUCGAGCAUUGAGAGGCUCAAAGUUUUCCCACCAGUGAGCAAACUUGAUCCUGAAAUCUAUGGGCCUUUAGAGUCUGCACUCAAAGAAGAGCAUAUUACACCUAAUAUCCAUGGCAUGACUGUGCAACAGGCAUUGGAUGAGAACAAGUUGUACAUAGUGGAUUACCAUGACGUUUACCUUCCAUUUCUUGAUCGAAUUAAUGCUCUGGAUGGGAGAAAAGCAUAUGCAACUCGUACCCUUUAUUUCUUGACACCAACCGGAGCUCUUAAGCCCAUUGCCAUAGAGCUUAGCCUCCCAAAUUCAGGACCAAGUUCGAGAUCAAAGCGUGUUUUGACACCUGCAACUGAUGCUACUUCCAAUUGGAUGUGGCAGCUUGCUAAGGCCCAUGUCUGCGCCAACGAUGCCGGGGUCCACCAACUCGUACACCAUUGGCUACGUACCCAUGCUACCCUAGAACCAUUUAUAUUGGCAGCACAUAGACAAUUGAGUGCAAUGCACCCAAUCUACAAGCUUUUGGAUCCUCACAUGAGAUAUACACUAGAGAUCAAUGCAUUGGCUCGCCAGAUCUUAAUCAACGCUGAUGGUGUUAUUGAGUCAUGCUUCACUCCCGGCCGCUAUGCCAUGGAAAUUAGUUCUUCUGCAUACGAAAACUGGCGCUUUGACCGUGAAAGCCUUCCCGCAGAUCUCGUACAAAGGGGCAUGGCAGUGCCUGACCCAACACAACCCCAGGGUGUGAGACUUGUGCUCGAAGAUUACCCAUAUGGCAGUGAUGGUUUGCUAAUCUGGGGUGCAAUUGAGAACUGGGUUCGAACCUAUGUGCACCAUUACUACCCAGACUCGAGCCUGAUACGAAACGACAGAGAGCUACAAAAUUGGUACUCAGAGUCCAUCAAUGUAGGCCACGCAGAUCUCCGCCACGAAAACUGGUGGCCCUCAUUGUCCUCAGCAGAUGACCUAGUCUCUAUCCUCAGCACUCUAAUUUGGCUAGCAUCAGCACAACAUGCUGCACUCAACUUUGGCCAGUACCCUUAUGGAGGGUAUGUGCCCAACAGGCCACCCCUAAUGAGAAGGCUGAUACCAGAAGAAAAUGACCCUGAAUAUGCAAGUUUCAUAUCAGACCCACAAAAGUACUUCCUCUCUUCACUGCCUAGUGUCCUACAAGCCAUCAAGUACAUGGCUGUUGUGGACAUAUUGUCCACACAUUCACCAGAUGAAGAGUAUCUUGGGGAGAGGCAGCAGCCCUCUACGUGGUCAGGUGAUGCAGAAAUUGUUGAGGCAUUUUACAAGUUUUCUGCAGAGAUGAUAGAGAUUGAGAAGGAGAUCGAAAAGAGGAACAGUGAUCCAAAGCUUAAGCACAGGUGCGGGGCUGGUGUUUUGCCUUACGAGCUGCUUGCUCCAAGUUCUGAACCUGGGAUCACUUGUAGGGGUGUGCCUAAUAGUGUUUCAAUUUGAGUCCAAAAUUGAGGGCUCAUGAAUUUAGUUUAUUAUUUUGUAAUUAUAAUUAAUAACAUAAUGUAAUAUGUCUUUUGGGUAUCUAGUGGAUGAUGAAUAUGUUAAAUACUACAGCUGAUCGUAAUUAAUCGAUUUUCUUCAACUUGGUCA